GGGGAGGGAGGUAGAGAAGAGGGAAGGAGCGAGGGAAGGAACGCGGGGAAGGGAGGAAGGAAACGAACGAGGGGGAGGGAGGUCCCUGUUUUGGAGGAGCUGGGAGCUUUGCCGGCCCCUGAAGUGGAGCGAGAGGGAGGUGCUUCGCCGUUUCUCCUGCCGGGGGAGGUCCCGGCUUCCCGUGGAGACUCCGGACCAAGCCCCUUCAGCUUCUCCCUCCGGAUCGAUGUGCUGCGGUUAACCCGUGAGGAGGCGGCGGCCGCGGAAGAUGGUGUUGCUGAGAGUGUUAAUUCCGCUCCUCUCCUGGGCGGCGGGGCUGGGAGGUCAGUAUGGAAAUCCUUUAAAUAAAUACAUUAGACAUUAUGAAGGAUUAUCUUAUGAUGUGGAUUCAUUACACCAAAAACACCAGCGUGCCAAAAGAGCAGUUUCACAUGAGGACCAGUUUUUACGUCUAAAUUUCCAUGCCCAUGGAAGACAUUUCAACCUACGAAUGAAGAGGGAUACAUCCCUUUUCAGUGAUGAAUUUAAACUAGAAACAUCAAAUGAAGUACUUGAUUAUGAUACCUCUCAUAUUUACACUGGACAUAUUUAUGGUGAAGAAGGAAGUUUUAGCCAUGGGUCUGUUAUUGAUGGAAGAUUUGAAGGAUUCAUCCAGACUCGUGGUGGCACGUUUUAUGUUGAGCCAGCAGAGAGAUAUAUUAAAGACCGAACUCUGCCCUUUCAUUCUGUCAUUUAUCAUGAAGAUGAUAUUAACUAUCCCCAUAAAUAUGGUCCACAGGGGGGCUGUGCAGAUCAUUCAGUAUUUGAAAGGAUGAGGAAGUACCAGAUGACUGGUGUAGAGGAAGUAACACAGACACCUCAAGAAGAACAUGCUGUUAAUGGUCCAGAACACCUGAGGAAAAAACGUACAACUUCAGCUGAAAGAAAUACUUGUCAGCUUUAUAUUCAGACUGAUCAUCUGUUCUUUAAAUAUUAUGGAACACGAGAAGCUGUGAUUGCCCAGAUAUCUAGUCACGUUAAAGCAAUUGAUACGAUUUACCAGACUACAGACUUCUCCGGAAUCCGUAACAUCAGUUUCAUGGUGAAACGAAUAAGAAUCAACACAACUGCUGAUGAAAAGGACUCUACAAAUCCCUUCCGUUUCCCAAAUAUUGGUGUGGAGAAGUUUCUGGAAUUGAAUUCUGAGCAGAAUCAUGAUGACUACUGUUUGGCCUAUGUCUUCACAGACCGAGAUUUUGAUGAUGGUGUUCUUGGUCUGGCUUGGGUUGGAGCACCUUCAGGAAGCUCUGGAGGAAUAUGUGAAAAAAGUAAGCUGUAUUCAGAUGGUAAGAAGAAGUCCUUAAACACUGGAAUUAUUACUGUUCAGAACUAUGGGUCUCAUGUACCCCCCAAAGUCUCUCACAUUACUUUUGCUCAUGAAGUUGGACAUAACUUUGGAUCUCCACAUGAUUCUGGAACAGAGUGCACUCCAGGAGAAUCUAAGAAUUUAGGGCAGAAAGAAAAUGGCAAUUACAUCAUGUAUGCAAGAGCAACAUCCGGGGACAAACUUAACAACAAUAAAUUCUCACUCUGUAGUAUUAGAAAUAUAAGCCAAGUUCUUGAGAAGAAGAGAAACAACUGUUUUGUUGAAUCUGGCCAACCUAUUUGUGGAAAUGGGAUGGUGGAGCAAGGUGAAGAAUGUGACUGUGGCUAUAGUGACCAGUGUAAAGAUGAGUGCUGCUAUGAUGCAAACCAGCCAGAGGGCAAGAAAUGCAAGCUGAAGCCUGGGAAGCAGUGCAGCCCAAGUCAAGGUCCCUGUUGUACAGCACAGUGUGCAUUCAAAUCAAAAACUGAGAAGUGUCGGGAUGAUUCAGACUGUGCAAAAGAAGGAAUAUGUAAUGGCAUCACCGCUCUCUGCCCAGCCUCUGAUCCUAAACCAAACUUUACAGACUGUAAUAGGCAUACACAAGUGUGCAUUAAUGGGCAAUGUGCAGGUUCUAUCUGUGAGAAGUAUGGCUUGGAGGAGUGUACCUGUGCCAGUUCAGAUGGCAAAGAUGAUAAGGAAUUAUGCCACGUCUGCUGUAUGAAGAAGAUGGAUCCAUCAACUUGUGCCAGUACAGGGUCUUCGCGGUGGAGCAUGCACUUCGUUGGUCGAACCAUCACCUUGCAACCUGGAUCCCCUUGCAAUGAUUUUAGAGGCUACUGUGAUGUUUUCAUGCGGUGCAGAUUAGUAGAUGCUGAUGGACCUCUGGCUAGGCUUAAAAAAGCAAUUUUUAGUCCAGAACUCUAUGAAAACAUUGCUGAAUGGAUUGUGGUUUAUUGGUGGGCAGUAUUGCUUAUGGGAAUUGCCCUGAUCAUGCUAAUGGCUGGAUUUAUUAAGAUAUGCAGUGUUCAUACUCCAAGUAGUAAUCCAAAGCUGCCUCCUCCUAAACCUCUUCCAGGCACUUUAAAGAGGAGGAGACCCCCACAGCCCAUUCAGCAACCCCAGCGUCAGAGGCCCCGGGAGAGUUAUCAAAUGGGACACAUGAGACGUUAACUGCAGCUUUUGCCUUGGUUCUUCCUAGUGCCUACAAUGGGAAAACUUCACUCCAAAGAGACACCUAUUAAAUCAUCAUCCCCAAACUAAACCCUCACAAAUAACAGUCGGAGAAAAAAUGGCAAGAGAUCAUGUCCUCAGACCAGGUGGAAUUACUUAAAUUUUAAAGCCUGAAAAUUCCAAUUUGGGGGUGGGGGGGGUGGAAAAGGAACCCAAUUUUCUUAUGGACAGCUAUUUUUAACCUAAUGGCACAAAGUCUUAGAAUAUUAUUAUGUGCCCCGUGUUCCCUGUUCUUCGUUGCUGCAUUUUCUUCACUUGCAGGCAAACUUGGCUCUCGAUAAACUUUUAUCACAAAUUGAAAUAUAUAUAUAUUUUUUUCAACUGCCAAUCAAGGCUAGGAGGCUCGACCACCUCAACAUUGGAGACAUCACUUGCCAAUGUACAUACCUUGUUAUAUGCAGACAUGUAUUUCCUACGUACACUGUACUUCUGUGUGCAAUUGUAAACAGAAAUUGCAAUAUGGAUGUUUCUUUGUAUUAUAAAAUUUUUCCGCUCUUAAUGAAAAAUUACUGUUUAAUUGACAUACUCAGGAUAACAGAGAAUGGUGGUAUUCAGUGGUCCAGGAUUCUGUAAUGCUUUACACAGGCAGUUUUGAAGUGAGACUCAAUUUACCUUUUUAUAAUGAUGGAGUUGGUUCUGAUACUCCUCUUGUCUUCACCCCAUGGCUGCUAAGAGCAUAGGAGUGACUACGUUGAAGGACACAGUUAAGUGUGCAAACUGGAUGUGCGCAGCAUACUACUUCAGAGUCCGUUCUUACGUAAAUGUCUGAUUUCUGCUUAUUUUAAACUUUCUAAUUCAAUUCCAGUUUUGAAAUUUUAAUCACGCUUUGGUAGAAAUUAUGUCAAUGAAAUGAUUUUUUUUUUAUUUGUAGCCUGUUAUUUGUGUUUUCCAUAUAUCUAAAGUAUGCUAAUUGUGUUUUUGGUUUUCUCUGAUAUGGAAAAGAAAAAGCUGUGUCUUUUAUUUUAUCAAAAUAUUAGAACAGUUUUUUCAGCAUACUAUCAUUGAUCAUUGGUAACCACUAAAGAAGGGUGAUUUGUUCAACUAGUAGUUAAAAUUGUAGAUAGGCCUUCUGACAUUUUUUUCCUUAAAAUAUUUUAACAACAGUGAAGGUGAAACAGCACAAUGUCCCAUUCCAAAUUUAUUUUUUAAACAGAUGUAAAUAACUGGCUUUUUAAAGAAAGAAAGCAAAAGCAUUUAAUGUAGUAACAGGCUUAUUGCUAUGCAGGAAUGGAAGGGGGCAUUACAACAAAGUUUUAAGCUUGUGACAUAUUUAUUGCUUCUGUUUUCCAACUACAUCACUUAAAUUAGAAGUAAACAGCUAUGAUUUUUCUGGCUUCACAUAGGAGGCAAAUUUAGAGAACGUUGAAAAGAUUUGUGUUUUGGCUUUUUUUUUCCUUUUUGUUUCUUAAGAGUAUAAGGUUUACACAAUCAUUCUCAUAAUGUGACGCAAGCCAGCAAGGCCAAAAAUGCUAGAGAAAAUAAUGGGAUCUCUUCCUUGUAAACUUGUACAGUAUGUGGUGACUUUUUUCAAAAUACAGCUUUUUGUACAUGAUUUAGAGACAAAUUUUGUACAUGAAACCCCAGAUAGACUAUAAAUAAUUCUAAACCAACAAGUAGGUAGAUAUGUAUGUAAUUGCUUUUAAAUCAUUUAAAUGCCUUUGUUUUUGGACUGUGCAAAGGUUGGAAGUGGGUUUGCAUUUCUAAAAUGGUGACUUUUAUUCUGCAAGAGUUCUUAGUAACUUCUUGAGUGUGGUAGACUUUGGAACAUGUACAUUUUUUGCUUGUAAUGUUAUCCUGUGGUAGGGUUUUGGCAGGUACCCACUGCCCUAUUUUAUUUUGAGUCUAAGUUAAAUGUUUUCUGACAAGAGAUACGUGCACUGAACUCUUUCCACUGCAAAUCAAAAUGUGGUAAAAACAAAAGGAUCAAGACAAAUGAGAUCUAAUACUACUGUCAGUUUAAUGUCCACUGUGUUUUAUACAGUAUCUUUUUGUUCACUUUGGAAAUUUUUACUAAAAAUUGCAAAAAAUAAAGUAUUGUGCAAAGAUGUAAGGUUUUUUGAAACUUGAAAUGCAUUAAUAAAUAGACUUGAUGAAAUCAA